CAUUACCAGAGAAUCCUCUCUUCCUCUCACUACCUCAGGCCAAUUUUCUCCCUCUCAGAAACAAACAUUUCUUCCCCCCCCCUUCCUAAGAAAUGUCCUGGCUCAGCACAAAUUGGCCACAACACGGAAGACUGUGCAGGGGGAAAGAAAAAAAAUCUCAAUCCGCCUGUGCAAAAGUCUCAUGCUCUGCACGAUCAUGGCUCAGAAAGGAUUAAGAGAAUUUCUGGACAAGAAGAUGGAAGAAGCUGACAAGAUUGCUCCUCAGGAUCGGCUGUUUUUACAUGAUGGGGGUUUAUAUCCUAUUUUGGUGUGUCAACCGGAAACACUGAAAAUGCUUGACACCUUCGAAGCUCGGAGUGAUGAUGUGAUAUUAGUGGGAUACCCCAAAACCGGUACUAAUUGGGUUGGUCAGAUUUUAGUUGAGUUGGCAUCAGCAUCUGGAAAGUAUGAUGAAGAAGAAAGGAAGCAGAGGCAGCAAAAAGAAAAUGAACUAUCGAUACGCCCAUACCUUGAAUUUGGAGAUCCAGGGAAGUUUGAGAGGAUGAAGACAUUACCUUCCAGAAGAAUUAUAAAAACACAUCUCAUUCCUCAAAAGAUUCCCAAAUCUAUUUUUCAAAAAAAGGCUAAGAUGCUGGCUUUGUUUCGGAAUCCAAAAGACACGGCUGUAUCUUACUUCCAUUUCGCCAAAGGCAUGAAACUGGUUCCUGAUGACCAGCAAACCUGGGAGGAGUUCUUCCCAGAUUUUAUGAGUGGAAAAGUGCCUUACUGCCUUUAUUUUGACUACAUUAUUGAAUGGAACAAAUAUAUGGAUGACAAAAACAUCAUGUUUAUUACCUAUGAGGAAUUAAAAGAGAAUGAAACUUUGGGACUAAAAAAAAUUGCGGAAUUCUUUGGUUUUUCUGUGACUGAACAAGAUAUUCAAUCCAUUGUGGGAAAGACCAGUUUCAAAGCCAUGAAAGAAAAAUCCCUAGAAACCCAUGGAAAAAUGGGCGAGAGUCUUUUCCGUAAAGGCAUAAUAGGUGACUGGAGGAAUGUCUUCUCUGAAAGCCAGAAUGAAGAAAUGGAUAGAAAAUUUGAGGAGACUGUAGCAAGCACCAAGCUUGGAGUGAUGUUGAAGUAUGAGUUGUACUGUAAAAGCUGAGGAGGGCAAUGGUGCUAUAGAUCUCUCAUGCAUUUGGUUUUGUGCAUGCAGGAAAACAUGUUUGAGUUAAUUUUCUUUGGUGGUUAUCCCUUCAUGUCCAUAGUACUUAUAUUAAAUAUAAAAUUUACAUUUUUUAAAGCAGAAAAUAUUUCCAGGAGUUUUAAUUAUGCGUAGAGUGAACCUGUACUUAUGCACAGAGUGAAACUAAUUACCAGAUCUGAAAGAAAAUUUGCAAAAAUUGGAAAAUAUAUUGAUAAUUUUAGUUCCCAUUUUUAAAGACAAACUCAUUGGGCUAAAGCUCAAGCCCUGACACAGAUUAGCAGCUGAAAUACACCUCAAAUGUUUAACAAAUGACACAUUUCAAAUGCUGAGUGACAGAUGUGUCUGGAAUGGAGAAAGAUAUGAAUAACUAAUGGAUUUCACAUUUUCAAAAAUGGAGGAUCUGUUUCUUUGUCCCAGAAGCCCUAGGUGCAUGUUACCUGAAAUCUGCACAGUUCCUAAUCAGGUUUCCUACUAGCCAUACUGACAUUACUUGAUUCACACAUCAGAGUAAUCUAAACUAGGAUGGCUUCCAGAGCUUUUUAGGAAGCUAUGAGGAAAGGUUGCAGCAUUCAGAGCUUUUUAUUUUAGAGAAAAGACGAGUAAGAGGUAACAUGAUAGAAGUGUAUAAAAUUAUGCAUAGCAUGGAGAAAGUGGAUAGAGAAAAGUUUUUCUGCCUCUCUCAUAACAUCAUCAGGACAGCCAAAAGAAAGUACUUCUUCAUGCAGCUCGCAGUUAAACUGUGGAACUCACUCCCAGAGGAGGCAGUGAUGGCCACCAACUUGGACUGCUUUAAAAGAGGAUAAGACAAAUUCAUGGAGGAUAAGGCUAUCAGUGUCUACUAGCCAUGGUGGCUAUGCUCUGCCUCUAUAGGUGGAGGCAGUAUGCUUUUGAAUGCCAGUUGCUGGAAAUCACAGGAGGAGAGAAUGCUCUUUGCACUCAGGUCCUGUUUGCAGAUUUCUCAUGGGCAACUGGUUGGCCACUGUGAGAACAGGAUGCUGGACUUCAUCAGCCAUUGGCCUGAUCCAGCAGGCUCUUCUUAUGUUCUUAUGUUAAUUCCUCUAUGAGGAAACAGUACAAUGUUUGGGGCUUUUUAUGUUAAAGAAAAUGAGAGUAAAGGGGAGACAUGAUAGAGCUUUGUAAAAUUACUCAAGAUGUGGAGAAGGUAGACAGAAACACAUUUUUCAUCCUCUCCCAUAAUACUGGAAUUCGGGCCCAUCCAGUGAAACCGAUUGACAAGUGAUUCAGGCCAGACAAAAGGAAGCACCUAUUAUUAUUAUCAUUAUUGUUGUUGUUGUUGUUGUUGUUGUUAUAUUUAUAUUUAUAUCCCGCCCUUCCUCCCAGCAAGAGCCCAGGACGGCAAAAAAAAAGCACUAAAAACUUUAAAACACCGUAAAAGCAAACUUUAAAACACAUUAAAACAAAGUAUCUUUAAAAAUGUUUCUUAAAAAAAACUUUCAUAACAUCUUCCAAGAUUAAAAAUAUUUUAAAAAAGAAGGUUUAAAAACAUCUUAAAAAGCAGUUCCAACACAGAUGCAGACUGGGAUAAGGUCUCCACUUAAAAGGCUUCUUUAAAGAGGAAGGUCUUCAGUAGGCACUGAAAAGAUAACAGACAUGGCUCCUGUCUAAUAUUUAAAGGGAGGGAAUUCCAAAGGAUAGCUGCCACUACACUAAAGGUCCUCUUCCUAUGUUGUGCAGAACAGACCUCUGGAUAAGAUGGUAUCUGCAGGAAGCCCUCACCUGCAGAGCGCAGUGAUCAACUGGGUGUAUAAGGGAUAAGACGGUCUUUCAGGUAUCCUGGUCCCAAGCUGUGUAGGGCUUUGUUCACCAAAACUAGAACCUUGAACUUGGCCCAGUAGCAAAUGGGCAGCCAGUGCAAUUCUUUCAGCAGCAGGGUGACAUGUUGACAAUACCCUACCCCAGUGAGCAGUCUCGCUGCCGCAUUUUGCACUAGCUGCAGCCAGGGGCAUCACUACCGGGGUGCGGAGGGUGCGGACUGCACCCGGGUGACACCCUGAGGGGGGUGACACCCAGAGCCACCCCACCCUGCGCCAUUGGCCGGCAAAGGAGCCGAGAAGCGCUCCAGAUCGGCGCAGCCAACUCCUCCUCGGAGGCAGGCGGGCGAGACCGACAGCAGGCGCCCGCUCGCUGGUGGUGAACCUGGGACGGGCCUUCCACCACCAGCCUGGAGCGUGCGGUGAGUGAGUGUGUGUGCAUGUGUGCACGCGCACCAGACCAGCCACCCUCGUCCAUGCACCUGGGAGGGCGUGUGCCAGAGGUCUGCACCCCCCUGCACUCCCGCUAGUGACGCCGCUGGCUGCAACUUCCGGACCAACCUCAAGGGCAUCCCCACAUAGAGUGCAUUAAAGUAAUCCAGUCUGUAGGUUACCAGUGCGUUGACAACAGUGGUCAGGCUAUCCCGGUCCAGAAGUGGCCACAGCUGUCUUACCAGCUGAAGCUGGUAAAAGGCACUCCUAGCCACUGUGGUCACCUGGGCCUCUAGCGACAAAUUUGGAUCCAGGAGCACCCCCAGACUACGAACCUGGUCUUUCAGAGAGAGUACAACCUCAUCCAAAGCAGGCAACUGACCAAUUGUCUGAACUCGGGAACCACCAACCCACAGCUCCUCUGUCCUGCUAGGAUUCAGAUUCAGUUUAUUGGCCCUCAUCCAGCCCACCACCGAGUCCAGGCAGCGGUCCACGGCUUUCACAGCCUCUCCCAAUUCAGAUGUUACAGAGAAAUAGAGCUGGGUAUUGUUAGCAUACUCCUGACACCUUGCCCCAAACCUCCUGAUGACCUCUCCCAAGGGCUUCAUAUAGAUGUUAAACAGCAUGGAGGUCAAGAUGGUACCCUCCAGGAUGAUGGACUAGAUGGGUCUUUGGACUGAUCCCAGCAGUGCUUUUCUUAUUCAGUGCCUGGCCAUGGCACUGAAACUGCCUUGGUCGCCCUGAUUGAUGACAUCUGUUGGGAGAGAGAUAGGGACAAUGUGACUCUUCUUGUUCUCCUUGACCUCUCAGCAGCUUUGAUACAGUUGACCACGGUAUCCUUCUGGAACAUCUGGAGGCGGUAGGGGUUGGGGGCACUGUGCUUCAGUGGUUCCGCUCAUACCUCCAGAGCCAUUUCCAAAAAAUAGUUAUGGGAGGCUACUGUUCAGCACCAUGGGAAUUAUCCUGUGGUGUUCUGCAGGGUUCCAUCUUGUCUUCCAUGAUAUUUGACAUCUAUAUGAAGCCACUGGGAGCUGUCAUCAAGAGAUUUGAAGUGAGGUGCCAUCAAUACACAGAUGACACCCAGCUCUACCUCUCUACUCCAUCUGAAUCAGGAGAGGCAGCUGAGGUGUUGAACUGGUGCUUGGAAGCUGUGAUGGACUGGAUAAAUAAAUUGGACUGGAUAAAUUGUUGUUGUUAUGUGCCUUCAAGUCAAUUAUGACUUAUGGUGACCCUAUGAAUCAGUGACCUCCAAGAGCAUCUGUCAUGAACCACCCUGUUCAGAUCUUGUAAGUUCAGGUCUAUGGCUUCCUUUUUGGAAUCAAUCCAUCUCUUGUUUGGCCUUCCUCUUUUUCUACUUCCUUCUGUUUUUCCCAGCAUUAUUGUCUUUUCUAAUGAAUCAUGUCUUCUCAUUAUGUGUCCAAAGUAUGAUAACCUCAGUUUCAUCAUGUUAGCUUCUAAUGAUAGUUGUGGUUUAAUUUGUUCUAAACCCAAUUAUUGGUCUUUUUUGCAGUCCAUGGUAUCCGCAAAGCUCUCCUCCAACACCACAUUUCAAAUGAGUUGAUUUUUCUCUUAUCCGCUUUUUUCACUGUCCAACUUUCACAUCCAUACUGGAUGCAAAUAAAGAUCAAUAAAUUGAGGUUGAAUCCUGUAAAGACAGUGGUGUUAUGUGUCCAGAGUUCUUAUGUCCAAGAGGUGGGAUGAUGGCCUGUUCUGGAUGGGGUUGCUCUUUUCCUUCAAGGAGCAGGUUCACAACCUGGUGGUACUCCUUGAUCCAACACUGCCACUGGUGGCUCAAGUGGCCUCAGUGGCUAGGAGUGCCUUUUCCCAGCUCCAGCUGGUUUGCAGCUUUGGCCUGUUUUGGAUAGAGAAGACUUGGCCACAGUGCUCCAUUCUCUGGUAACUUUCAGACUGGAUUAUUGCAAUGCACUGUACGUGGGGCUGUUCUUGAAGGUAACUCAAAAACUUCAACUGGUCCAAAAUGCAGCAGCCAGAUUACUCGCUGGGGUUCCUUUUAGAACUCAUAUAGGCCCUGUUUUAAAACAGCUGCAUUGGUUGCCAGUUCAUUUCUGGGCCCAGGUUAAGGUGCUCACAUUUGUGUUUAAAGCCCUAAAUGACUUAGAUCCCAAGUAUCUGAAAAACUAUCUCCUUCCCUACAGACCCUCUCAGGUGUUGAGAUCAGCAGAAGUAGUUCUUUUGGUAAUUCUGUCACCCUUAGAAGCUUGGGGGAGGUGGCCCGGGACAAGGUAUUCUCUGUGGUAGCCCCUAAGCUGUAGAACUUCCUCCUCACCAAGGUGCAUCUGGCGACUUCAGUGUACAACUUUCGGUGAAUGCUGAAGACGCACCUUUUUACCCUGGCCUUCAACACCCUAUCUUCUGUUAUCUUGUUUAGGUUGUUUUUAUCUAUUUUUAAUUGUUUUAAAAUUGUUGUAACCUGCCCUGGGACCUUUGGGUGAAGGGCAGGUAAUAAAUUCUAAUCAUCAUCAUCAUCAUCAUCUCAAACUUUAAAGGGUAUGGGUUUGAGUUUCAGAGCUCCAAGUUAAAACCUUUUAAAAGGUUUUCAGAUAAGGGUGUGGUUGCAGCAGUUCAUUCACUCCUAGAGUACAAUAGUUGAAGCAAACAUAAUCAGACAACCAGAUUGCUCUCUUACAACAGCACAAGAUGCUAGUUUAUGAAGUGAAGGACAUUAACUGCCUUGUCGUUAGCUUAUUGUGCAUCUUCUUGAACUGUUGUUAGAACAUAGUGUUCCAGUUCCUUGUACCCACAAUAUCAGUUUCUUAACUGCUUCUACAGAAGCCAGCUACCAUCUAAAGGGAGCAACUAGUGAGGUGGUAUUGCUCCCCAGCAACUGGUAUUUUGAGAUAUUCUGCCUCUUGUACUAGUGACUAGUAGCAGCCAUAUAUGGAAGAAGGCAAUCUUUCAGGUAACAACUCACAAAGCACUUUAAAUUGUAUAUGGAAACAGACUGGAAGCUAGUGUAGCUGAAAAAGCACUGGUUUAAUAUGAUCCAAAUGCCUCGUCCCUUGAUCCAAAUGUUGUGGUCCUAUUUUGGACCAGCUGCAGCUUCUGGUCUGUUUUUGAAGGAAGUCAGACACAUAGCACAUUGCAAUAGUCUAAAUGGGAGAUUACUAGAGCUGGGCAAGUGAUCUCCAGCGAUGUAUGGUUGCUACUGUCAUUUCAGAUGAAACUGAUAGGAAGGUGCUUCAAACCACAGAGGCCACUUGAGCCUCUAAUGACAGUGUUGGAUCAGUAACUAUCCUCAGACUGUGAACCUGAUCCUUUAGGGGGAGUGCAGCCCCAUUCAGAAUAGGUCAAACAUAAUUUGCCUGGAUGAAUGAAUCACCCAACACUACCUCCAUCUUGUCUGGAUUGAGUCUCAGUUUAUUCAAAUUCACCCAGGCCAUUACCAUGCCCAAGCACUGAUUUCCCAAAAUAUAUAUACUGAUGUCACCUCAACUCAAAUCUCCACCUGACCCCUCUUGGCAGUUUCAUGUAUAUCAGAGUGGAAACCUCAGGCCCGGGCACUCAAUGUGGCCCUCCCGGUCUCUCUAUCUCACUCUUGGGAUUCUCUCCAGGCCACACUCCUCUCAUCGGUCACACCCCUCUCACCAGCCACAUCCUCUCUCUCCUCAAGCCACACCCUUCCCCAGCCUUGCUGCACACCCUCCUUGAGUGAUUCUGCCUGGCUGGAAUGUGUCCUUGAACUCUGGUGAUGAUGGAACUCUGGUAAUAAUGGCUUGCCUGAAUGGAGGCUAAAGGGAGAUAUGUGAGUGGGUGUAUAAAUGAGCUUACUGUAGAAAGGUAAACAUUUACAUUCAUUGUUCCAUCUAUUUUUGACUCUGGCCCCACCCACCAUUGGCAAGGGACCCCUGGAAAGUUGCCCAGAAGGGAAUGCAGUCCCUGGACUGAAAAUGAUAUGUAGAUGAUAAACUGCAUGGGGGAAAGAAAAGAACCAUGCAGAACCUCAAAUCACAACUGCAAAGGAGUCAAGCAAGAGCCCAAUCUUCUUGAAUUGGCUCUCCAAGCAGUAGUGGAACCAUUGCCAAGCAGUGCCUCCCACAACCAGCUUGCAGGGCCUAUCUAGAAGGCUUAUCCUGAUGAUCCAUGCUCUAGAAAACCAUGAGAGGUCCAAGAGAUUCAGCAGUCCCACCCACACAUCUGCUUUCUCAGCAAAAGUUAUCCCAUCGGUCAACCAAAGCAGAUUGUGUGUCAAAGCCAGGCUGAUUCAAAGGGAUCAAAAAAGCAGUUGAAUCCAGGAGUGACGGGUGUUGACUGGCCACUAUUCCCUUGAGCAUCUUUUUCCAGGAAAAAAAUGUUAGCCACUCACUAACAUUGUUAAUGUUUUCCGGGUCCAGGUUAGGUUUCUUCAGGAGUGGUUGGAUUCUGUUGUCAAAGAGCUAAUUCUGUUGUCAGUGUGUGUAUGUGUGUCUACUUCAUUCAUGGACAUCUAGCUAAACAGCCUCUGUAUUAUCUGGAUGUGUCUGGAAGCAGCUGCACAAGGACAUCUUAAGCUGCAUAGUUCCUGCUGUGACCUCUAGUAAUCUGAAUUAAGGAGGGAAGCCCUUUGCUGUAUAGCUAUUGUGGCACCCAGUGCUGGUGCCACGCUAUUUUGCGCCCUAGGCAAGGCUAACUACUUGCACACACACCCCAAAUUGCUAACUUCAAUUUUCAAAACAGAUGUCUUGUAGAAAAAAUGAAAAGCACAACACUUUAAACUUCUAAAUUUAUUUUAGUUGCAUUUUUUCCAAGGGUUAAAAAAACUAAUCUGUAUAAAACUGUGCCCCUCAAAGGUCAGUACGGCGCCCCUCUGAGGUCUGCGUCCUAGGCGGCUGCCUUGUUGGCCUAAUGAUAGCACCGGCCCUGGUGGCACCUCUGGAAAACAAAAUCCUCCUCUCAUCUUAAUACAAUCCAGCCUCACUGUACACACAUUUAACUGGAUAUGAAGACCCUGAGAAGUGAAGGACACUGUACAGCAGGUAUAGAAAAACUGCUGGCCCUCCAGAUGUUGCUGAACAACUCCCAUCAGCUUUAACAAGCUGCGCCAAUGACAGGAGUUGUAGUUUGUUGGGUAUGGAAAUAUUACUGACUUGAUAUAAAGUAGAUAUCGGUUUAUUUCCCGAUGACCUGACCCCAAACAUUCCAGUGGCUAAGUGAAUAAAAGCCUGAUUGAACUGGAAAUGUGUUCCCCUCCCAUUUCCUUAUGCAUAUCUAUACUCUGUGUCUUGUAUGAUGUUACCAACUGUAUCACAAAAGAAUGCCUAUGUCUGAUUUACAUGGUUGUAGAACUUGACACGCAUACGCUUAAAAAUGCAGAAAUGUAACCUGAGUGUAAUUCUUAGUUUAAUGAUCCCACUUGUAACCGAACCUCCCCUGCUGCUAUCUAUCCUUUGUUCCUCUGGCUCUGAGUGCUUAUCUCAAGGUCGUAUAAACUAUGCAAGCCUAUGUCUGAAGGAAGGCAAGAUGUUCCUGGCUUUUGUUAUCCUAAGCACCCCAUUUUUCCAUAUGUAAGAUGUUACUAUGUCUAGCAAUGUUUUUCUAUUCUUUAUGACGUCUGCUCCCCAUUUUUGUAACCGUUGGGGAAACUAUAUAAUCUUGUGCAUAUCAAUA